GACGAGAGCACACGAACCGACUGCUGCCUCCGAACAUCGCGGUUGAGACUACCGCGGGGAAACAGGGACUCGACGCCCGCUCGAUUUUGCGACACCGACCCGCUCGAUCGAUCGAACACGGAUGCGAAUUCGUCGGUGACGACAAGGCCGCAAGCAACAUACACCCAUACACAACCACUGCCCCUCUUGCCCGCCGAGUAGAUGCCCCUCAGCGAGGCCGACGCCGACAUGUCCAACGGUCAAGAUGGUCACGCCCACCCGCCGACGGCGUCUCUGAAGAAGGGAAAGCAGAAGAAGGCCGUCGACUCGAAUGAGUCUGCAAAGCUACUCGCGCAACGCAUCUCGCAGCUAGAGCAAGAAUCAGCUGGAGAGAAGGACCAGGAAGCUGAGAUUGAGCGCGAGGUCAAGCGUGCGAACCGCGAUUUGGCCCAACAGGUGGCAAAGAUGAGCGAUCUGCAAAAGAUUGAGCACCUCACCCGUCGGUCCAGCGAACUAUUAGCCGACAUGCGCCGUGUUGAGCGGGAGAACCAAAAGAACAAGAAACGCGGGGAUGCCCUGCAAAAGGAAAAGGAUGCGAAUCGCACCGAGCUCAGCAAAACGGUCGGCCUGAAGGAGAAGCUUGAGAAGCUCUGUCGCGAACUGCAACGGGACAACAACAAGUACAAGAACGAGAACAAGACCCUCCAGGACAACCUGAAGCACAACAGCUCAGCAUACGACGAGAAGCAUGCGGCCCUGCUUGCCAAGCUGGAGGGGAUCCAAGAAGAAAAGGACCAUCCGCGGAAGCAGGUUGUGGACAUGAGCGUCGACACCUUAUUCAAGAACCGGUUCAAGUCGUUCAUUGAGCAGUACGAGUUGCGUGAGUUGCACUUCCACUCCACGAUGCGCACCAAGGAGCUGGAGGUGCAAUACAACAUGGCGCGCUACGAACGAGAGAAGAAGCUCGCGGAAGCCGAGUCGACGAGAGCGCGGAAUCUCCAGGCGCAGGUUCAGACCUUUACCAAGACGGAGACGGAGCUUCGGAAUCAACUCAACGUCUACGUUGAUAAGUUCAAGCAGGUUGAGGACACGCUCAACAACAGCAACGAUCUCUUUUUGACGUUUCGGAAGGAGAUGGAGGACAUGUCCAAGAAGACGAAGCGUCUGGAGAAGGAGAACGAGACCAUGAAGCGCAAGCACGAGGCGACGAAUGCCAACAUCAUUCGCAUGGCCGAGGAGCGCGAGGAUUGGCGCAAGAAGGCUGCCGAGGCGACCAAGAGAGCCGAGAAGCUUAGGAGCAUCAUCGAGCAGAUGCAGCAGCAGGGCCGCAAGGUUCCGCCUGGAAUGGCGGCAACGCUGGAGAGCUGCUACUCGGACAGCAACGGCCACAUGGACGGCGACGGCAGCGACUACUCGGACGAGGAGGAGGGCGAAGAGGAUCCGAGCGAGUUUGACGACGACACGGAGGAGGAGCCCCAACCUGGAGAGCCAGAACCACCUAGACCCUACGGUCCAGAGAGGCCACCAGUACCCCAAGCUGCAACAAACGGCCAUUAGGAAUCCGGACGGAGCAAUUCGGGGGCUACGCCUGCAUACGAUGCAGGGGAUGCUCAGUCCACCAGCGAGACGGCUGCCAUCUUGCCCAUGUGGCAUCAGAGGAAGAAGAAGAAGAAGAAGAAGAAGCAGGUGACGCUCAAGCAGAAGACUGGCCGUGUUCUUUCACGUGUUGGGAAGUUCUGCCAGGCAAAGUUGAAUGCGCUAGUGUGGGCAUUCACUUAGGACACCUUUGUGCGACUUCACGCAUUCUUUAGCCACGGCCUGGCACUCAUUGACUUCUCUCGAUGGGUACACGGGACUGUUGCCGGCAUGAGGAAAUGAGCAUUGCCGUCAUGAUUUCUACGAGCGAACAAGCACAGGGGGUGAGAUGAUCAUGGUCCUUGGCAAGCUCUGUCUAGAGUAGCAGCGUUUUGGCGUCUGUAGUGGUUGGGAAUAUAACAUCUCCACGUGCUUUCUCUGUCCCGUG